CUUGACAAGUGGCAAAGUGGCCUGACAACACAACCCGACCUCAGUGAACCCGACAGGGAGGGUGAUCAUUCCAUUGGUUGACCGUACAAAAUCCACAUGGCAGCAAAGGGAGAAACAUCAGACGCACCAAGUAAAGAUGAUGAUGAAGAUGAUUUGGACGCAUUAUUAGAUAGUGCACUGGAAGAUUUUGAAAAUUUGCCAUCUUGCAAAAGUUCAAUAAACAAAAGUGAGCCAAGCAAAACAAAAGACUCAGCAUCAUGUCUUAAUCACACUCAGGAACCCUCAUUUGACAACUGGGGUUUGGGUGAGAGUGACAUAGAAGCAACUGCUGCAGAAUUUGAAAAAUCAAUGAAAGAAAUUUUAGGUGAUGAUAACGAACUUUUGAAACAGUGGAAUGAAUUUGCUGAAAAUGCAGCUUUUUCAAAUCCAGAUAUGCCUAAUAAUGAAAAUGAAUCAUUACCACAAAAUGCUGAAGAAUUUGAAGCUCACUUAUUAAAAACAAUGAAAAAUAUAGCAGAAAAUGCCAAGGAGAUGUCAAGCACACCCGGUAUGGAUGAAAACUUUCUUAAAGCAAUGGCAGACAUGGGGGUUGAUGGUCAGGAUCCAGACUUAAAUCAAGAAAUAUUUCCCAUGAUGCAAGGCAUGAUGAUGAACUUAUUAUCAAAAGAUGUUCUUUACCCAGCUUUGAAUGACUUGAGAGCAAAGUACCCUGGUUGGUUGGAAGAAAAGAAAGGCACCCUGCCAAGUAAUGUUCACGAAAAUUAUUCAAAACAGUAUGAAUUAGUUUGUCAGAUAUGUUCUGAAUAUGAUCAAGAAAGUGAGAAAGAUUCAGUUGAAAUUAAGAAGAAAAGAUUUGACAAAUUAAUGGGGUUAAUGCAAAAGAUGCAAAAAUAUGGUCAACCACCACAAGAACUGGUUGGUAACGGGGUACAAGGGCAGGGUCCCUAUGGAGAGAAUUUUCAACCAGACAAAUGUCCAGUUAUGUGACAAAAUAAUACUAGAAGUAACGUCAUUUCCAUCAAGCGCAAUCAGAUAUCCUGUCAAUCGGCUAUUAGUAAAACCAAGAGCAGCGGAACAGCAAUAAUCCGGAACAAAAAAUAAUUCUUUAAAAUUCUUUAAAAUUGGCAUGAAAGAAAAAGACCAUAGCUAUAAUUUUGUUGUUCUGUGUUCCGGAUUAUUGCUGUUCCGGUGUUCCUGGUUUGACUAAUAGCCCCGUCAAUCAGAUAUUACAUCACUGGUAAUAUAUGCAUAGCAGCCGAAUUACUUACUUCACUUACUUGCAGUAUAGUAUUAAAAUUGAUUUUAGAUCAGAUAAUAAAGCAACUGUGACAUUAAUAAGAUAGCCAGUAUUUAGUAUUAUGGACGACGCAUCCGACGACACAUGUUUUGAUUAUUAAUUUGAUGAAGAAGUGGUUUAUUUUACUUUUUUAAAAAUUGUCAAAAAAUAUUAUAAAAAAUAUCAUCACAAACUGAAACAAGGUGUGUUUAGAAAAGUGAAAUAAUUGUUUAUACUGACUUAUAGCGGCCUGCGUUAGGCCAACUGAUAUACUGAAUAUACAAAAAGAUUCAAAUUUAAGAUUGUUAUAUAAUGUCAGAGAGAAGUGGGUCCGCUAAUAAUUCAGUAGCCGACAACAACCCUCAACAACCAACAUAUUUUAUUCAUAUAUUAACGUUUUAAGUAUUUCAUUGUUGUUGAUGACGAUGAGCUUGUUGUAUGGGCUUGUUGUCGGUUCUUAUCGGUUAUUAGUAGAAACGGAGAAAAGUAGGUGUCCUUCCUAUGCCUCUGGUCUUCCACAAUGCACCGCCACUGUAGCU